AUGCCGCUGUCGCCGCUGGCGCGCACGCCCUCCCCGCAGCCGGUGCCGCAGCCCGCCUCGCCCACCAGAUUGCACCCCCGGUCGGCGGAAUCGAAAUGUUCGAUAUCGCCCCUGUGCUGCGGCGGCGUGAACGUGUCCGUGUCGGUGGGCGUGGGGCCGGCGGUGGGCGUGGCGGGCGCGGGGGGCGCGCGGCGCGGCGUGGUGUGGCGCGCCCCCGCCCCCGCGCCCCCCACGCCCACCCCGCCCCCGCCCGACAAGCAGGACGACUCCGCGCCCCCGCUGCCCAGGAUAGCUGAGGAGAAGGACUCGCCCACGCACCACCCGAGGACACUCGCCGAAAGAACGCCGGCGAAACAGCAGACGACUCCGAACAUAUUCACGUCUUCACCUAAAACGAGCCUGGACAAGUCUACAUUCGACGCGUCUACGUCGUUCGCCUCCUUGUCGCUGUCGGACGAGUCGUACGUCGACACAUCUGUCGACAUGUCCGCGCUGGACACCUCCAGGGAACUAAACGAUGAUAGCAGAAUGAGUACAGAUAUAAAAGCGUUGGUCGAAGAGAAAUCAAAGAAUAUACAGCCUGAUCCGGGUCCGGUCGCGGACAUAGUCAAAGUGAGGAAGAAGUCUGACACCAGCCUGAAAGAUGAAGACGUGAAGAACAAAGAUAAGCCUAAACAGAAGGACAAACCGGAAUUGAAGAAACAGGAUUCAGUGAAGAGGAUUGAGAAGCCGGAACCAAAAGCGGAAGAAAAGGUCGUUCCGGAAGUAAAGAUAGAGGAAAAGAAGCCAGAUAAAGUUAUGGAGAGGACAGGUUCGGUAAAAAAGAGCGAGAAGCAAGAGAAGGCUGAAGCCAAGAAACAGGAGAAAGCUGAGAAGAAGCAAGAGAGGGCAGAGGCGAAGAGGACAGAGUCUGUGAAGAAAUUUGAAGGGCUCAAGAGGCAAGAGUCCGUCGACACUAACAAGUCACCGGAGGAGAGUGAGGCGCGCAGUAAGAACAGUAUGGUUAGCAAACUGCUGGGGGUUAUGGGCAGGAAGGGAAGGGACCGGGACGACGAUGACGCUAAGCGGAAACAUGACAAACCCAAGAAAAAGAACAUUAAUACUGCCCAGCAAUCUACCAAGCAACCCGAGAUCUCCGAGAAAAGCGAGAAACCGGAAGACGAUAAGAAAAAGAAAGGACGAGGCAGAGCUUCUAGCUCGUCUUCUGGAGGGGAGAAGUAA